AUGGACGGCGUAUCUUCUCAAGCAGAGCCUGCUGCUGCUGCUGCUGCGCCGGCGCCAGCCAUACAGCCUCCCACCGCCGGUCCUCCUGUCCCUUCAGCACCCAGCCCGGGACGAAGCUCGGUAGCAAGCCCGGUGCCCAGCACGCCUGGCUCGACAGGUCGCAUGCCUUACGUACCCCAGUUCACCGCCGCCACGCAGAUGAUCUUGCAGCGCAUCAACAGCCAGCCGGGAAGCCUGUCGGCAGCGCUGUCGUCGGCCUCAUCGGUUGCUAGCACCAUCGAAAGGUCAACGUUCGAGGACGCUAAGAGACGACUCGUCAUGACUAUGAACACCUCUAUGACCAUGCCUAUGCCGCCGCCGAAGCCUGUUUCGUCUGCACAUGGCUCCUCAACCAUACGCGUUGGCGACGCCUUUCAGCUUCGGACACCAGCGCCGCCUAAGCCGGCAACCACCGCCAAGGGAAGCAGUAAAGGCCCAGCACAGAAGCCCAAAGCCAAGGCUGUACGAAUUCAGAAGCGAAAGCGAGGUAAAGAUGAUGACGAUGGGGAGUCUUCCAGUCUGAGCGAUCUCUCGGACAGCGACGUCGAGCACAAGGACCAGCUAGCCGUACCCACUAUGACAAAGUCCGGACGGCAGGUACAGAAGCCGACGCAGUACAACCCAGCCUCGAUGGCCGGCUCCUCAUCGCAGCAGCAGAAGCGUAAGAACUGGGGCAAGCGCACGCCAGAGCAGGCGCUGUGCAAGGUGUGCACAAGAGGGCUGAGCCCGGUCUCCAACCAGAUCGUCUUCUGUGACGGCUGCAACCUGUGCUGGCACCAGCUCUGUCACGACCCUUACAUCGACGACGACUUCGUUAGUGACGAGGGGCGCUCGUGGUUCUGUGGCCGCUGCGCGGCGAAGCGCGAGAAGCACCUUGCGAAGAAGAAGACGAUGGAUGGGUUCAAGGGUGUUAGCUGGGCCGGCAAGAGCGUAGAGCAGAAACGGGCCUAUCUAUCCAACAUCACGCCUGCACAGCUUGUCAAUAUCAUUAUGUACAGCACCGAGCUCCACCCAGAUCUCCCCGUGUUCCCAGCCCACGAACCAGGGCCAGGAGCAAGACGUGGCCCACAAAACACACCCUUGGGCUUGGCGGCCGAUAGCCUCUUUCUGCCAACGAGUACGAACCUGAGUGGCCCAGCUCACUAUGUGCGCAAGUCGUCAACGGCAGAUCGGACUCCUACCCACGGUAACCACCACACCGGAACCGGCAAAGGGGGUGCGAGUGUGAAAGCGGCUUUUUCUGCCGAGACCCAGAACCAGGCAGCGCGAGAGGGUUCUGCGGACUCUGUCCCGCCUGCCUGGCCAAAGGUGGGACAGGGCUGUCUGGCUGGCGUGGACUUGAAGGAGGAUGAUCUGGAGGAUAAGAACGACUACGAGGCUUUCAGCGUCAUGACGUACGAUUCAAAAGGGAACAAGGUGCUUGAGAAUGGGAUGCCGGUUUGA